UUCAUGACUCCACCGUUUGUAACAAAAGGAGCGUGAAGUGUGGACUGUGCAGUGUACGUGGAUUUCUUGAGCGCACAAGGAAUGGUUACUGGGCUCAUUCUCACAGCUUUGUGUUUUAGGGUGAAGCUGGCAGAGAUGGAAAUCCAGGAAAGUUGGGAGCAGUUGGAAGACCGGGCAAACGAGGAAAAGCUGGAAUGAGAGGUUUGAGAGGACCAAGAGGAGAAAAGGGAGACAGUGGGGGCAUGGGGAUGCCUGGACCUCCAGGGCGACCAGGGUCUGCAGGAGUUCCAGGUCUUCCAGGAGUAAAAGGAGACCAGGGUGAAAAAGGGCUGGAGGGUGAGAAAGGGACAAUGGGAUCACCUGGCCCACCUGGAGAAGGCGGUUCUAAGGGCGUCCGAGGCCCCCCUGGGGAAGCAGGACCAACAGGACAGAAGGGAGAGCAGGGUGACAUUGGCCCCACUGGACCGAGAGGGAGGCCUGGUGUCCCUGGACUGCCCGGCCUGUUUGGACAAAAGGGGCUGAAAGGAUUUGAUGGACCUCCUGGGCCAGCUGGCAAGAGGGGCCCAGAUGGGCCGCCAGGACCCCCAGGGCCCCCGGGCUCCUUGGUGAAUUUCACUCUGGCACAGAUUAAGGACCUUAUGUACGUGGCAGACAAGCCCAACUACCCGCUGAUCCGGAGCCUGCUGGAAUCCCUGCAGCAAGACCUGCGGCUGCUUCUGGACCCCCCUGAUGGCACCAAGGAGCACCCCGCCACUACCUGCCUGGAGCUGCAGCUCUGCCAGCCCAACUACACCAGCGGGCUGUAUUACAUCGAUCCCAACCAGGGCAGCCCUUUGGAUGCGUUUCUCGUCUAUUGUAACUUCACUACUGAGGGGGGGAAGACGUGCCUGUUGCCCAGGGAAACACAGAUGCCCAUCAAAGCAUGGCUGAAGGAUGCUGGGGAGCAAAGUGCGUUCCUCUGGCUGAGCACGCUGGACAAGGGAUUUCAGCUCGAGUACCCGGGAGCCAGCAUUGUACAGAUGAGGUUCCUGCGGCUCAACAGCAAGGUGGCUGUUCAGACAAUAAUCUUCUCUUGUCAGCGGGGAAGCAGGCAGAGCCAGCAAGAGAGGGAGGUUAAAUUCCUGGCAGACACAAGGAGGCAAAGCUUUCUGGGCACACUCCGGGACUGUGUGUCCCACAUGGAAUCAGAGGAACUGGGUCCACGGGAGAUGAUGUUUCAGUUCGAGGACCUGGAUCUUCUCCCCAUCAGAGACCUGGCGGUGUCCAUCAGCGGUGAGAGAAAUCACAGCUUCACACAGGAGUUUGGCUUCACCGUGGGACCUGCGUGCUUUAGCUAGGCGGACAGGGGCACCCGGGAAACCCUGCCAACACAGCGGACCAGUCAGGAACCAGAGGAGCUGGAGAAAACAGGGCCAAAGGGCAUCUCUCUUCUUUUGUUUUGCUUUUGCCUCCGGCCAUUGCCAUGGAGAGGACUUUUCUUUUCAUUCUUUAUUUAUGACCCCCAGAGAAGGCAGCAGUAUCACCAGGCACAAGUUCUGUAGGAGGACUAUUGCUUUUAAAUUGUUUACAGAGACAUUCAUAUUGAA